AGCCAACAGAAUGAAAAAAAAGAUUACGCGUUAAAUAAUAAAGUUAAUUUUUCAACUAUAAAAGAAUUGCUGUCCGAAUUUUCUGGAACUGGUGAUAAUUUUCAGCUUUGGGAAGCACAAUUACAAAGUAUCCGAACGGCUUAUAAUCUGGAUGAUAAUAAUACUAGAGCACUGAUUUCUAACAAACUCAAUGGAAAGGCGUUAAAGUGGCUACAUACAAGAAACGAUUUAAUGACUGUACCAAUUGAAACCCUAAUAAACGAUAUGGGGAAACUGUUUGAAGACCGCUCAACUAAACUGCAGCUGAAACGUACAUUUGAAGCCAGAAGGUGGCAAACAAAUGAGACUUUUGAAGAAUAUUUUUACGAUAAAACCAUUCUCGCGGGUAAGUUGUGCAUUGAAGAAACUGAGCUGCUGGAGUACAUUGUGGAGGGGAUUCCAGACUAUGGUUUAUGUUCACAAGCUAAAUUACAAUGUUUCCGUGACAAGUACCAACUGUUGGAAGCGUUCCACAAAAUAAGUCUUCCAAAACCAGCAACACCAAAACAAUCAUUGACUGUUCGCCAGAACACUUCGAAUGAAAAAUCAACAUCAGCCGAUUUUGUGGUUUCUGCAUCGACUCGUUGCUAUAAUUGCAACUCUCUUGGGCAUGUUGCAGCUGAAUGCCGCAAACCAAAGCGGGAGCCGAGGGCGUGUUACGUUUGUGCGCAAAUGGGACAUCGAGCAGCUGACUGCUCAAUGAGGAAAACGCAAGUUCAUUAUGCCGACGCUGUUGAGGGUGAUAACGAAUACAAUCAUUAAUUGACACUGGUAGUCCAAUCAGUUUUAUACGCCAACAGUUCGUGCCACUUGUUAAGUUAAUAAAUCAAGAAAAAUGUAAAAUUUUA